CUGAAGGUGAUAUUAUGCGUAUUCCUGCUGAGCCAGGACCUGUAGGCCCACAUGGAAAAAUUGGUUUCAUUGGCCCUCCGGGUGAAGAUGGUUGCAAGGGCGAUAAAGGAGCCAUAUGUACAUCGUGCGGUGGAAUUUCAAACCCUGGUCCACAUGGUCUGCCCGGGACGUUUGGCAUACCUGGCGGACCAGGAUUAAAAGGUCACAAAGGGAAUCUGGGACUUCAGGGAGACCGUGGGAAUGCAGGGUUUCUGGGCCCUUCAGGCAUUCCUGGUGGCGAUGGAUUUCCUGGACCAAAGGGUGAACCAGAGCCUGGAGGAGAGCCAGGUGAGAAGGGGAUCAAAGGUCACGUAGGCUUUCAAGGGAUGCCAGGAAAACCAGGAAGAGAUGGAAACUGCGGUCAGCCUGGGCAGAAAGGAUUCCGAGGACAGAAGGGUGACUUGACACCAUUUCCACCAAAGGGUGGUCGGGGUCCAUUUGGCGUCCCCGGAAACCCUGGAACCUCAGGGUGUGUGGGAAAUCCUGGACCAUCGGGGAAUGGAUCUUCAGGACAGCCAGGACCUAAAGGCGAUCUAGGAGUCAAUGGGUUUCCAGGGCCACGUGGUUUCCAAGGUACCAAAGGAGAAGAGGGCAAGUACUUUUCAGUGCCAGGCUUACCAGGACCUUGGGGUAAUCCAGGAGCCCGCGGAUACCCUGGCAACAGAGGUAGACCCGGAGUUCCAGGUGUAAACAUGCCACCAGGUUCUCAAGGCAAAAAAGGAGAACAAGGUAUAUCAGGUGUUGGGCUGCCAGGUCCUUCAGGACUCAAAGGUAACACAGGAUUUCCAGGAGAAGUGGGUUUUCCAGGGAUUUCAGGAAGACCAGGAAAACCGGGAACACCAGGCCACCAGGGACCAACAGGCUCUCAGGGCGACAAAAGCUGUGGACCACCUGGUAAUCGCGGCCCACCAGGCCCACCGGGACGUGUCGGGUUACUGGGGCAGAAGGGGAAUUUGGGGCCAUCGGGUCCUCCCGGUGACCAAGGCUCCCCAGGCUACGAUGGAUCUAGAGGUUCUCAAGGUGAUCCAGGUCCUCAAGGAUGUCAAGGGCCAACUGGUCAACGGGGACAGUUAGUAACAGGGAUACCUGGUCCUCCAGGUGUUGAAGGUCCCUUCGGAUUUCCUGGCCCACGAGGACCGCUAAGCAUAGGACCUGCAGGAGAUCCGGGAAUACCAGGGCUGGAUAUUCCAGGCCCCCCUGGGACUCCCGGCUCACCUGGGCCACAUGGCUGCCCAGGGCCAUCUGGACCAAGAGGUUAUACAGGACCACCGGGCCUGAUCGGGUUACCAGGCAUCGCAGGUGAAAAAGGUGAGCCUGGUUUAAUGGGAAAGCCCGGAUGUGCAGGGUCACCAGGGUCCCCUGGAAAUUCGGGCCCCAGAGGAGAUAAAGGUUACAAGGGAAUGCAAGGAUCAAAGGGUGCGACAGGUCCCCAGGGAUUUCUGGGUGUAAAGGGUGAAAAAGGAAUGCAAGGACCCUUGAGAGAUUGGACUGUGAAAGGUGAAACUGGAAAUCCUGGAAUUCCAGGACCUGAAGGAAAGCCAGGACAAAAAGGUGAGCCCGGUUCCCAUGGUAACCCAGGAAGUUGCGGUCAAGAGGGAAUACCAGGAGCAAUAAGCCCACCAGGUUCCCCAGGUGAUCCAGGUGUGAUAGGGAAUCCAGGAAAUCCAGGAUCUCCAGGAGAUACUGGGGCUAUUGGUCCAAUGGGCAUUCCAGGUCAGAAAGGAGACAAAGGGAUCCUCGGAAUACCAGGAACAUUAGGUCCAUCUGGCAAUCCAGGUUCCUUGGGUUUAAAGGGAAAUAAAGGAGAAGAAUGUCCUGCAGGCUGUGGCAGUCCAGGGCUUCCUGGAGAAAAGGGUAAUAAAGGCACAUCAUUCCCUGAAGGACCACCAGGACCUCCUGGGUCUCCGGGUAAAACAGGACUUCCAGGGUUUUCUGGGGACCGUGGUGAAAAAGGGGACCCCGGCCUACCGGGAGAAUCAGGUUUUCCAGGUCCUCAAGGUCCCAAAGGAUUAGACGGACUACCAGGCUUGCGGGGAUCUCCCGGAAUUUCAGGCAUUCCAGGAAUAACAGGGCGCUGUGGCCCACCGGGACAGUCGGGUGAAAUUGGCAUACAAGGAUAUGAUGGUAUUCCAGGCCUACCAGGAAUGAAGGGAAACCCAGGCUGCGCUGGAGAAGGACCACAAGGAAAUCCAGGCACGCCUGGCCCAGCAGGGUCUAAAGGUGACAUGGGACCUUGUGCAGCUGGCGGUGACCAGGGUCCUCUUGGUGAAGUAGGUGACCCGGGCCCUUCUGGACUUCGGGGACCCUGUGGGCCACCUGGGGCUCGCGGUCCUGCUGGGAAGAACAUCCAGGGACCCAAAGGAAAUCAAGGGCCUUCAGGCUCCUGUGGACCUGCAGGUGUUCGUGGACCAAAAGGAUACCCUGGGCUCCAAGGACCAGUUUGCUUGGAAGGUGAUAAAGGCUCACCUGGCACUCCAGGACAUUCGGGCCAGCCAGGUGCCAAAGGAGAUCCAGGUGUACCAGGAGUACCAGGAAAUCCUGGCAGCCCGGGUUGUCAUGGAUCCAAAGGUGAUCAAGGUUCACCAGGUGUUCCUGGAUUCCUAGGUAUGAAAGGUAGCAAAGGACCUCUGGGAAGGAAAGGAGAUAGAGGACGCCAGGGGACAUGUGGACCUCCAGGUCCCCCAGGGCCACCAUCCUGCCCACCGAUUGCAGCUGAAAAGGGUGAUUUGGGAUUACCGGGCCUUUUGGGAGUUAAAGGAGAAAGAGGAUUCCCUGGACCUCGUGGCCCCCCUGGAUGUAUAGGGCAACCUGGGUCUCCUGGACCACCUGGUGAUGAUGGAUAUCUGGGAAACUCAAACCAAAAUGGAAAUAAAGGUUCCCGGGGACCCUCUGGACCUCCAGGACCAAAGGGAUAUCGAGGACCUCCAGGAAAGAUGGGACCCCCAGGACAUAAUGGGAGAGCAAGCACAGACAACCAAGGUUUUAUCUUCACACGGCACAGUCAGACUGUAGAAAUCCCUACAUGCCCAAAAGGCACUACCAAGCUCUACACCGGCUACUCACUCCUGUUUGUGCAGGGCAACAGACGAGCACAUGGACAAGACUUGGGGACCUCGGGCAGCUGCUUGACACGAUUCAACACAAUGCCAUUCUUAUUCUGUAAUGUUAAUGAUAUCUGUAACUAUGCAUCGAGAAACGACUAUUCAUACUGGCUGUCAACUCCACAACAAAUGCCUCAAGAUAUAGCUCCUGUCAGUGGACACGAGGUCAAGCCAUUCAUAAGCAGAUGUAUUGUGUGUGAAAGUCCAGUGAUGCUCCUAGCUGUGCACAGCCAGACUGUUCAGAUCCCCCCGUGCCCCAGGGGCUGGAAGUCCUUGUGGAUUGGCUAUUCUUUCGUAAUGCAUAGAAGUGCAGGAGCAGAGGGUUCCGGCCAAGCCCUAUCUUCCCCUGGCUCCUGUCUAGAAGAAUUCUCUGCUGCUCCUUUCAUCGAAUGCAGUGGGAGGGGAACCUGCAGCUAUUACAAAAAUAGUUACAGCUUUUGGCUGGCCACGUUGGAUAGCUCACAAAUGUUCAGGAAACCCAAGCCACAAACGCUAAAAGCAGGAGAAUUGCAGUCAGUUAUCAGCCGCUGUCAAGUCUGUAAAAAGUAAAGGUGGACUCGCCACCUGGGAAGCUGGACCAGAUGAGAAUACAAUGUUGCUGUUUCUAAUGAUGUACUGAAAUAUGUCAGAGCAGCAAUGAAGACGAGCAGAACGUGACUGACUGGACCGGUAUUGUUGGUGCUUUGAUGAUAACUAUCGUUUUGCACAAUGAUUUAUGAGGACGGAUCACUUGGCACAUUGGUGCUGUUUUCAACGGUGCAUGUUCUUCCAAGCUCUGCAUAGUCUCUGCCGCACUCUCCUUUUAUUUAAAGAGACCUUGCAAUGCGGACGCACUGUGUUGUGUCAGAUCAACCUGCACCUUUUAAAUAGGAGGCAGCCCUCCAUUCACCUCUGGAUCACAGGAAAAGAAUCUACUGUAUCAGAGUUUGAUGAAGAGUCAUACACACAGUAAUUUCCAAAUGUCUGAAGAUGGCAUUGAUGAAUGCAGGAGGUCAGCCCUAAGCCUAGUGUACAUUGCAAAGACAUGUUUAUUUAAUAACACAUACCUCACUCAGAUAACUGAUUAUGACCUGCAAACUGUGGUUGGAAACAUUAAAUGCAGAAAGCAUUUCAUACAUAGGUUUUCAUGGUAUUUCAGGGUAUUGUUAAUGUUUCUUUUAUGUACAGCUAUCUAUGCACUGUAUGUGCUCCUGGGAACCUGUAUAGGUACUCUGUGUCAUACUGAGCAUAAGAGACAUUGAGAGUGCUGGAAAUGACAUUAUAUCAGUUUUGUCUUUAACCCUCCAAAUUUUAUUCAAACUCUCUCUAACUUUUAGCUAUUUACAGGGGUUUGAGAGACACUUGUGAGAGCAUAGAGCACCAAACAAGAAAAGGCCAUUUGGCACAUUCAGCCUAUUUUCUCAACGUACCACCCAAACCUUCCCAGUCAUGAAUAUCACCUUAAUUAUAAUAAUAAUAGGAGAAAUGCUGCACAAAUUAACCUGAACCCUGGUUAAUUGGGUAAAACCUCCAAAAUAUUCAGCAUUCACACUUUUCCACUGUUUAGCAUUGGCCUAAUUCCCUUCACAAUCAGUUAACUCUCCCGCUCACCAUACCAGUAUAUUUAUUCACCUCUCCUUGUAUUCCGAGUUGAGGAACAGAUCAUCCACGAUCUAAAAGAAUGGAGGAACAGUUCUGAGGGGCUAAAUGGCCUACUCCUGUUCCUCUGCUUUAAUGUUCCUAUGUUUCUUACUUCAAGUUUAAAAGAGAUUUCUUUGUGUUGCUUUUAUUUGCACAAUAAAAAGUCUCUUAUGAAUAGCAAACCACAGAAAAAUACAGAUAUAUUCUAAGAUAUGGUUUGCAAAGCACUAUUUGUUGAAUUAAAUCCAACUUGAUAUUGACUUGAGCAGGCAUUAUCAACUGAGCAACUGAGACUAAUUUUUUUUACAUACACUCUAACACAUAAUUAUGGCUAUUCUGAUAUUGAAUCAAUCAUUAAUAAUAACACUUGGUUUGGGUAUAUUUGAUGAACACAUCACUCUUAAAUAUCUUCUAUAUGCCUACACUUCUGCUUGGGUCUAGGGAACCUCUUAUCAUAUGGGAUAUGGGGCAAGGGCAGGUAAUUGGACUCGAAGCACAGAUCAGCCAUGAUCUUGUAGAAUGACGGAACAGGCUCGAGGGGUUGAAUGACCAACUCCUGUUUCUAUGUUUCUAUCAUUAAUAAGCACUUCCACUGUAAGUCUGUUAUUCACACUAUAUACAUUAGCUACUUUUUAUAAGGUAACUUGAGUUUUAUGUCUUAGAAAUGGUUAAAUGUAUAAAUAUAUAAAACUAUAUAUGCUCAAUAUUAAACAAAUGCCAUUGUCUUUUUAGCAGAUUUUUUUUACAAAUAAUUUUACUGGAAAUAUUAUGGGUAAUAGUGUGACAAUAAAGAGCACAUACUAUCA